UUUUGGUGUUUGAAAUCCUUUGUUCGGAUUCACCACAGUGACACAAACUCACUAACUGAGAAGACAGUAGACCAAAAGCCUCCUGUGUCCCCGAGAGCUAAAAACGCUGAUUUUCUCUAUGGACUUUGGUGCAGGAGAAUGAGCAGUUUUAAAACUUGAGUUCCCUGCCAGAAGAAGGAUGUGUCACAGCGAGUGUUUUUGUUAAGUGGCUAAAAUCAGCUUUUUUCCCUUUUGUCCCGACCGGCAGAGUGAGUUUUAGCAAGACAGCUGCAAAAGGAAGUCCAGGCCACAAACUCACCAGACUUCACAGAGGAGCAGAAGAAAACGUUAGGAAAGAUUGCAACAUGCUUGGAAAUGAGAAGUACAAGUCUGCAGUGCACGCAGUCCAAGGAAGAAUUCAAGUUAGAAGAACUGAAGAAACUGGAAACCAUAAUCAAAAAUAUUCUGACGUACAACAAAGAGUUUCCUUUUGAUGUCCAGCCAGUGCCAUUAAGGAAAAUCCUGGCUCCAGGUGAAGAGGAGAACCUGGAGCUGGAGGAGGAGGAGGAUGCAGCAGCAGGAGCAGGGUCCACAGAGGCGUUUCCCCCGAGAGCUCCUGCUUCCAAAGGUACCCUGUUGCCACGGUUACCCUCUGAACCAGGGAUGACGUUACUCACAAUAAAGAUCGAGAAGAUCGGACUGAAGGACGCCGGGCAGUGCAUCGAUCCUUACAUGACCAUCAGUGUGAAAGAUGUAAACGGUGUCGACGUGAACCCAGUGCAGGACACACCUGUGGCCACCAGGAAGGAGGACACCUACAUCCAUUUCAGUGUGGACAUUGAGAUCCAGAGACACGUGGAGAAAUUACCGAAAGGAGCGGCCAUCUUCUUUGAAUUCAAGCACUACAAACCCAAGAAGAGAUUUACCAGCACAAAGUGUUUUGCCUUCAUGGAACUGGACGAGAUCAAAGCGGGACCCAUCGUCAUUGAAUUGUACAAGAAGCCGACGGACUUCAAGAGGAAGAAGCUGCAGCUUCUCACCAAGAAACCACUUUAUCUCCAUCUUCAGCAGACGUUACACAAGGACAGCUAAGUCCUCCCGACGGAGCGCGACAACCAGAACUUUGCACCUGCGUCGUUCUCACGCGUGCGUCCAGAGAAAACACAGUGUUCACCUCAUCGCCGCAUCCAGCAAUACUUUUACAUCCAGGCUGCUUUUUUUUCUUGAGCAUUUGAUGAAAAGUGAAGGGAACUGAGCCAAACAUUGACCACAUCAGCUCAAGACUGCCAUGUUAGGUUUUUCCAUAUUUUUCAUUUUUCUGCACGUGAACAUCUGUGGCAGGAAACACGUACACACUUCACCUCUAGUCUUCCUUCACUCUUUCAUUGAGGUAAAUAAGGGACACAAAUCUUUGCCGGUGCUAAAUUUGAGUCCAGGCUUUUUGGACGAUGAGACUUAAAACACUAAAAGAAUUGAUGGCCAACAAUUUGUUUUGCCAAAAUAUGCAGAGUUUGAAUAAAUGACUAAAUAAUUGCCUCAUCAUCAAACCACCACCAGAGGAGCGUUCUUGAGUUCUCGGGCCGGUUUAUAGCGUCAUGAAAUAUGAUCAAAUGAUAAAUUGGGUCUUUUAAAAAAAAACAACCCCACUUUUCUCAAAUUAGCAUUUCAAAUUGACAGAAUUAUUAAUAAUUACAUCAGAACAGUCAGCCAAUUAAAACGCGUCUACAUGUCAUAUUCAUUUCCAUUUCUGUGCUUCCUCAAUGAAUGAAUCUGCGGCCAACAUACCUUUUUGAGUUUUUCACCCUCUCACUUCCAUGUCACCUGACCAUACAUGGAAAUAAAAAAUAAUAAUAAUAAAAAAAAUUCCCCUUCCCUUA